AUGAACCCCACUAUUGAGGAAUUGGCGCGUGUAAAGGCAGAGCUUGAAAUGGAACGUGAGAAGCUGAUACGUACAACGAAAAAGCUCAAAGACGACUUCCAGAACGUCAAGAACUUUUUGGAGUUGUUAUUUCAGUCACUGAACAUCGAGAAGGAGAAGAUCCAGGAGCAUUUCCAAGAUAUAAUGCGAGAACGCGAGCAGUUCCUACUGGAGAAUCAGAAUCUGUCGACAGCGACAUGUCAGCUGAAAAAUCGCCUAACCGAGAUCGAGACCAAAACCAACUGCAUGGCCGUUGAGAGGGAGAAAAUAGAAAUGUUGCUACAAAUGAACGAGAACAAAACGCAAGAUCUCGAGAAAGAGCGACAAUACUACACAAAGCAAACCCAGGAGCUUCUCAUGAACCUCAAGGAGGUUAACGAGCAGAAAGAACUCACCGAAUCGGAACUUCGUCAGCAAGUCAUGGCACGAAUAGGAGCAGAGAAACAGUUGCAGGCAGCAGAAAAAGCCCUCGAACACUUGGAAAUGGCGCUGAAGAUGACCGGUGCACAGAUGACCGAGCUACAGGAGCAUAUCAUGCCUGAUGUUCAUAAGCUGCGCGAAUACUUCGAACAAUGUGCCCAUGAUGCUCAACUGGAAGCAAAUCGUACGGGAAUUAUGCGACAGGCUAUUUAUGCGAGGAAGUCGAUUCGGCGCUCGAAGCGGAGCAUUCGCUCGUCGUUCCGACGGCAAUUGUCCGUCAGGGAAAAGGACGACCAACAAAACAAAGAUCUUAACGAUAACGCUCUCAUCCAGAUAUAA